AUGUCUAUAUUUAAUCGGCCGUCGCUGGCCUGCCCGAGCUGCAACAGUACGCAGCUUUGGGCCGAAGAAUGGAAAAAACAUGGCACUUGCUCACAGUCCGUCCUUCAUCAGUACAAGAAUCCAAGCGCGCAGAUGGGAAAGUUUAACUUAAACAGUCUAAUUAUAAAUAAUCUGCAAUCAUCAUUUGGCUUACGCAGUGUAGGGAUAGAAUGCAAUGAAGAUGCACAUGGUAAUAGCCAGUUUUCCCAAGUUUAUCUUUGUAUAGACCCUUCUGGUUAUUCUCUCACUGACUGUCCAGUGCUGCCAGAUGCAAAAUGUUCCAACAGUGUGGUGUUUCCUUCCUUUUAG